GAAAAGUGAACAACAUCAGCAAUACCUCCCACUUACAAACACAGCGAAACAAGCAAGCAAGGCCAUCAUCAAGAAGUGAGGCGAAGACUUCCUUUUAUUGAUUACCUGACUCGAUAUUUUCUGACCUUCUUGUUCUUUUCUUUCUUCACGAUGCCGAUUAUUAAAAAAACAUCGAAGAAAAAGACUGGCAGGGCGAAGGUUCUUGACCCUGUAGAGAUGGAACGUCUUCGCGCUGCGGAGUCGGAGAAGCGGUGCCGUCAAUUGAUGCUCCUGCAAAGUCGACUUCGGGAGAUCGUGCAGGAGGAGAAGGAGAUGUCACGUGCCGUCAUCGGCACGAUUGAGGCGAGAUGGAUGAAAUUCCUACGUGAGUGCAAGCAGCGGGAGCUAGUGGCGGACAUUGAAAUUAUGCGUCGCACCUUUGAAGCAACGCUUGACCGCAAAGACGCCGCGUCCAAAGCGCUGUUUGAACAGCUAGACGUUGCGGAGGAGCAAUGCCGCCACGCGUUCCGCUCUCACGUAGACGUUGUGAACUCGCUUCUGGAGCUGCACGCCGCGCGAACAAGCGAGCUCGAGGCUGAACUGGAAAGCAACGUGGUUGAGCUGAAACACGACUUCGAGCAGGAACGAACGGAGCUGGAGCUGAAGCACAGAAUCGAGAUAAGCGACCUGCGACUUAUUUUGACCAACAUGGCAGCUGAGGCAGAGAUGCUGGACAAAAAACUGCAGGAGGAAACUUCCGAAAGCCGCGAAACAGCUGCUGAGAAGAUGGAGGAGGAGAAACGACAGAUGGAGGCGGACCUGAACAAGGUCGAGGAAGAAUUGCGGACUGAGCUGGACUCUCGCUACAAGAACUUCAUGUCUACAGCGCAGGCGAACAUGAAGGAGUACACCGAGAAGUCAAAGGAGGACCAAGAAACGACGGAGCGGAUUGCGGCGCAGCUCAAGAAGAUUGAAAAACUGCAGAGCAACGUCUCAUCGUGGCGCACCAACAUCGCGCGUAACGCGAAAGAGUGGGAGGCACGCAACGCCUCCAUCCAGGCAGAACGUGACGCCACACUUGCGCACCUGAAAAACCUCAAGGAAAAAAUGCAGCGCUGGCGGCAGCGACAGGCGACCGCGCUGGUAGAUCUGGUUAAGGAGGCGAACGCGACCGAGGAGGCUUUGCAGGCGACGACCAAACGAGCGCAGCGGCUUCUCCGCUUGGUGGAGUUGUGCAAGCCGUUGGAGACUUCCCGCGAGCAUGUACUGUUGCACGAGGCAAACAUUUCGACGGCAAACGUCGAGGCCGAAACUAAACGGCGGAUGGCCGCGGAGGAUGGCGCCGACGGCGCGGCAGGGGAAUUGGAGAGCGCCGGCGCGGCGCCUCCAGCCAACGAGCAGUGGCAACUGAUGGACCGCUUCUGGGUGAAGCACAACAAGGUUGUUCUCGACAACGCUGCUCUAUCGCAAGAGCGGGUCUUGUUGGAGCAAGAGAACAGAGGUCUCCAGGAGGUGCUCAAACAGUACCUGAACGAUGUCACCGUAAACGAUGAAGUGAUGCGGCAGAGCAACCCACUGCUGCGCACGCAGACUGUUGCCCCCAACGUAGUGCAAGCCGCCAACGCGCGUGGGGAGAGUCACGGGAACGGCUAUAAUGUUGUGGAGGCAAACAAGUUUGUUGCGGAGCAGACUCGACAAGGCGUUAGUCGUUAA